CUUUAGCUAUCCUUCUCUCUUAUAUCUCUCACUCUGUACUUCAACAUUUUCUUCUUUGAGUUCUAACUUUACUCAAAGAACCCAAUAUCAAACAACUAAUGAAGAAAUUUAUAUUACAACUGGAGUUGUAUGAUGAGAAAGACAAGAGGAAGGCUAUGAAGACUGUUGCAGCUCUUUCAGGAAUCGAUUCGAUUACCAUAAACAUGAAAGAAAAGAACUUGACCAUAGUUGGAACCGUUGAUCCAAUAAGUGCUGUUAGCAAGCUACGAAAAACAUGGCCUACGUAUCUAGUGUCAGUAGGACCCGCUAAAGAGCCAGAAAAGAAAGAGGAGCCAAAGAAAGAAGAAGAGAAAAAAGAGGAGCCAAAGAAAGAGGAAAACAAAGAGGAAGGCAAGAAAGAGGAACCUAAAAAGGAAGACGCCGUGAAAGAGGAAGCUUCAAAAGAUGAAGCUCCAAAGGAAGAGGCUAAAAAAGAGGAGCCUAAAGAAGGAGAAGAGAAGAAAAGUGUAAUCCCACAAGAACAAUUUGUGGGGAUGCUUAUGCCUUAUAAACCAUAUUACCCUCCAAUGCAAACUUACUAUAACUAUCAACCACCACAUCACCAUAGCAUAGAGGAGAACCCAAAUGCAUGUGUUAUUUGUUGAAAUACAUAUAUAUAGAUAUCUCAACAAGCUAGGUAUUUUCUCCAUAUCUUUUGGAAGAUAUAGUCAACAUAUAUAUGCAAUAUAUAUCUUGUGCAUAUGGGGCAAAGAUAGCCAACAAAAAAAGAUUGUGAGGAAGCCUUUGUGUAUAGACAUCAUAUGCUUUUAUUGGGUCAUCCUUGUUAAAGUUGUACAACCGCACAACAAUAAGAAAUUUUGCCUUUUAUUCUUGUAACCGGCCACAUUAUAUUAUUAUGUAAAUAUAGGAAGUCUUUCUUUGAA